AAUACUUUUUAGAGUCACUUAAUGAAACGAACUAGUUUAGUUUGAUUGCGAAACUUAAAGAGAACACACAGCAGCGGACCGGAGAUUUUUUUAAGUUCUGGUGUUGAAGGAGUAAAUGAAAAAAAAUAAAAUUGUUUGUGGAAAAAUUGUGUAUAUUUGAAGGAAAAGCUACACACUUAAAAGAAAAAAUUUUUUUUGGAAAGAAUAAAUAAAUAGUGUUUAUUUGGAAAAUACAAAAUGAAGACGCAAAUUAUCUCCGUUAUUGCCUCAAUUUUACUGCUGCAAACUGUUUAUGCGAUGGUCAUAGAAACUGGUGACAAUGGUGAACAAUUGUUGCAUUUUGGCUUCAAAACAGAGAACGGCCAAUCACGUACAGAGGAUAUAAAAUUCAAUGGCACGAAGAGUGUGGCAACUGACGAUAAUGAGGAGCCGAAUGAUAAGGCUGAAACAACUGUGAAACCGGUGGAAUACCGUGGUGGUUACAGUUUCAUCUCUGCUGAUGGCUAUGAGUACACUGUGCUCUACAAGGCCAACAAGAAUGGUUUCCAACCCUAUGUGACAGCACGAAAAUUACAUAAUGAUAAAAACUGAGUGAAGUUUUUGAACAAAAACCAAAAUGCUUUUAGAUUUCAUUGGUUUUUUUCUUGUCUAGUUUCAUUAGAUUUAUGUAAUAACCAUUUGUGUGUAUUUGUAUUUUUUAGUUUGUGAUAAUUCAUUUUUUUAUUGUAUUAUACCCUGUGGAUUUAUGGUAUAUGUAAAUAAAUUUAUACGCAUUUAUACGUACUAAUUAA